AUGGCGCCCUCCCGCACGUCGACGGUGAAAUCCAAGCACGCAGCCAACAAAUCGGGCAUCCGCAACAGCAAAACAACGUCGAAAGCAAAAUCCAGCUCGGACCCCGUCUCGAAGCCCAAAAAGAAGGAGCAGCAGAGCAAAGGCGUGCAGAAGCUCAAGAAGGGAGAGGGGCGCAAGAAGAGGAGGGUGUAUACGGAGAAGGAACUCGACAUUCCGCAAUUGAACAUGAUUACGCCGGUGGGGGUGGAGAAGCCGAAGGGGAAGAAGAAGGGGAAGGUUUUUGUGGAUGAUAGGGAAUCAAUGAUGACCAUCCUCGCCAUGGUGAACGCAGAUAAGGAAGGGCAAAUCGAGUCUAAGAUGAUGAAGGCGCGACAGAUGGAGGAGAUUCGUGAGGCGCGCAAGGCGGAGGCGGAGAAGAGGGUGGAGAUUAGGAAAUCUAAGCUGGAUGAGACGAAGGAGGGGUUGAGGAAGAAGCGGAAGAGAUCAACCGGGGCGGACGGUGGGGAAGAGAGUAUCAAGAGUGAGGCGGCUGCGGGAACGAAGCCGUUGAAAAAGAGGAAGAGUGUUUCUUUUGCUUGA